UUUACGUAAAGACCUCUUUGUUCUUGGCUCUUUAGUUGGUGAUGAGACAACAGUGAAUAGACAGAGUGCCAAAAUGUCCUGGACAUUGAUUUUAGUGUGUGCCGUGUGUGUGAGUGUCGUAAGGACCCAGGUGAUACCCGGAAAGUCUAGGACGAACGACGGCGAUUUUAACAACGUAAACUCAGAUGGAUCUUUUGAUUUUGGGUACACAAAUAAAGACGUUGGAGGGAGCUACCACUUGGCGCAGGGAAAUAUUAACGGAGUGGUAGGAGGUAGGUUUGGAGCAAGAGAUCCUGGAAACAAUGAAAUCAAGGAAACCAUUUAUACGGCUGGACCUAGAGGGUUUCGAGCAAGAGGCCCAAACAUCCAUCGUAAGAUAGACCUUGACCAGCGACCUAGAGGUAACAUCGGAAACAAGGACGACCCCUACUUUGACCCCAGUGAAGACCCCAGCUACUCUUUCAAGCAAGAUACACGGACUUACUCGAAGAACGAGAAUGCAGACAGCAGAGGCGACGUUACAGGCUCAUACUCAUUCGUGGACGAUAUCGGCGAACGACAUGAUGUCUCAUACAUCGCGGGUCGAGACACUGGCUUCCACGUUUCUUCAGCUAAUCCAGACGCACCCAACCUAAUCGGAUCUCCAUUCCAUCGCGCUCCGCUAGUUAGGGGGGAGGAUAAACCGAGGGGGAAGACAGCCGUCCAGCGAGGACUUGACGGCUCAUACAGAUUCAUAUCAGCUGGGCCUGAUCAGCGGAGAACUGAGAGCAGCGACUCUCACGGUAACGUCAGAGGUUCCUACACAUUUUUGGACGACAAAGGUGUACAAAGGUCAGUCCACUACAUAGCCGGCCCCGGUAUAGGAUAUCGCAUCGUCAAAAAUAGCAACGACCCCAUCAUACCACCCUAUUUCCCAACACUACCUAGCUCAUUCGACCCGGCGUUCAAUGCGGUUGGAGGAAGCGGCGUCUCCGUGUCUCCUUCAUUUCCUUCCAGUGAUGACGGAGGAGAUGAUGUUUUUAAAGGACCAGACGGCACUGCCGCUUCGGGACAUGUUAAACCACCACCAUUUCCUUCUGAAAUAGAUAGGCCAAGCAGUCAGGUUAUCAUUCCAUCUGAAAUUGAAGAGACUCCACCAGAAAAUGGGCCUAGCGGGGAGGGUUACGGGCCAGGACCAACCUACGUCCAAGAAACUGGAUCGGAGGACUUAGCCUAUGUGGACGAGGAUGCCCCUAGUUUUCCAGGCCCCAAGCCAACUCAAGGACCAGGCAAACCUUGGCGUCCAUCCAGCAAACCGAACAAGCCUUUUAGGCCGACGAAGAAACCUUAUGUACCGGUAAAACCUUCCCAAGGGACGAAUAUUAAACCAGGCGAUUUCGAAGUUGAGAGUGGCGAGCAAAGUAAACCAGAAUUUGCGGUAGGAUUCAAUAUACAGCACACCAAGCCCGGUACAACUAUCAUUAGAAAUAUAGGUGAAGAGUAUUUUGGUAUUCCUCCUGGUGUCUCAGUCAGGGCUCACGUUCAAAGUAUUGAUUUAUAUCCGUUUGGCUCUAAGCCACUAUCACCUUCUGAAGCUCUAGAGAAUGACAAAACGUAAAUUGCGGUACUUAAAACGCAAAAGUUUAGGCACAAAGCCAAUUUGUUAAACAUA